CGGAGCCAAAAUGGCGGAAUGUGCAACUGCCGCUUUGGUGUAUUCCAACUGACUUGAGCGCAAGAUGGCAGCUUCAGUGGAAGACGAGUUUGAAGAUGCGCCUGAUGUAGAGCCUUUAGAGCCGACAUUAAAGAACAUUAUAGAGCAGAAAUCACUUAAAUGGAUAUUUGUCGGUGGUAAAGGUGGCGUGGGCAAGACAACAUGCAGCUGCAGUCUGGCGGUUCAGUUAGCGGCGGUGCGAGAGAGCGUCCUCAUCAUAUCCACAGAUCCAGCACACAACAUCUCAGAUGCAUUCGACCAGAAGUUCUCCAAGGUGCCCACCAAAGUCAAGGGCUACGACAACCUUUUUGCCAUGGAGAUUGACCCCAGUCUGGGUGUGGCGGAGCUUCCCGAUGAGUUCUUCGAGGAGGACAACAUGCUCAGUAUGGGGAAGAAAAUGAUGCAGGAAGCCAUGAGUGCUUUUCCCGGUAUCGACGAGGCCAUGAGCUACGCGGAGGUCAUGAGGUUAGUGAAAGGCAUGAAUUUUUCAGUGGUGGUUUUUGACACGGCCCCUACAGGACACACUCUGCGUCUGCUUAACUUCCCCACCAUCGUGGAGAGAGGGCUUGGCCGGCUCAUGCAGAUCAAGAACCAGAUCAGCCCCUUCAUCUCACAGAUGUGUAACAUGUUGGGCCUGGGAGACAUGAAUGCAGAUCAGCUGGCGUCUAAACUGGAAGAGACGCUCCCUGUCAUCCGCUCAGUCAGCGAGCAGUUUAAAGACCCGGAGCAGACAACGUUUAUCUGCGUGUGCAUCGCAGAGUUCCUGUCUCUGUACGAGACGGAGCGUUUGAUUCAGGAGCUGGCCAAGUGUCGCAUCGACACGCAUAACAUCAUCGUCAACCAGCUGGUUUUCCCCGACAUCGAGCGGCCCUGUAAGAUGUGUGAAGCCCGACACAAGAUUCAGUCCAAGUACCUGGACCAGAUGGAGGAUUUAUAUGAAGAUUUCCACAUAGUAAAGUUGCCUCUGCUGCCCCACGAGGUUCGAGGAGCGGACAAGGUCAAUACUUUCUCCAAGCAGCUGCUGGAACCCUACAGCCCGCCCAAGAAGUGACUUAAAUAAUUUCCACGGAUCAAACACACAGCAUCGCAUCCCUCGUCCCCAAUACAUGCAUCCCUCUGGUGUUCACACACACACACAUACCCCUUCUUUUUCCCCCUCUCACUGUCUCUCUACUCUCUUUAAUUUUUCUGGUCAUGUAAUAACUGACGCCACCAUGUUGCUCCAGUGAUCCGUUAUGAAUGUCGGCCGAGAGUUAAGCGGCCUGUUUAGAAACUUAGUCUUGAUGGUUUAUGUUGCUUUGUGAUGAUGUAUUUAAGCAUAAGAAACACUCAUUCCUGAUGCGUGUUUGAGAAAGGAAAUUCAAGCUUAUAUCACCACAGGAAUGCACAUCUGGACUCUGAUUCAACAGUUGAACAGAAGUAGUAUCAGUGUCAAUGUCUGUUACUAGUUCAGUUUAACCUGGCACGUCUGAUUUAGGAUCAGUGAAAAACCUUUUGUUUGAGAUUUUGGUCAAUAUUAAUAGACUUUAUUUUGGUUCCUGAACUGGUCAGUAUUGUUGUACAUUGAGAGGGUCCAAACUUGAGGAGGUGAUGCAUAUUUAGUGAGUUUAAGGGAUAGUACACCCCAAAAUAGUUAAUUUUGUCAUUUUGUUUUGUUUUGUUUUACUCACUUAGGUUGUUCCAAGCCUUAGUUUUUUUAAUGCAAUGCAAAAUUGUCUUUUUGCGUUUCAUGCAAAAAUUAUAAACAGCAGACAAGCUUGUAACAGCAAGGGUGAGUAAAUAAUGACUACAUUUUCAUUUCUGGAUGAAGUAUCCAUUUAAACUUGCAUUUACUCGACAUGUAUUUGCAGUGAACCAAACUGUAAUUACUGUGUAUAAACAUUGUGAUUCAACUGAUCUAAUUUAAUAUUUGCAGUUAAAGUGAUGUAUUUAUAUAGACUUGAUUUAAGAUCAUUUCCGUUCAAAUCUUCAGUAACAUUUAUUUGAGAGACGUCUGUUUCUGGUUCUGGGUUGUGAAGUAUAUAUAGAUGCGGUCAGAUGUCUUGUUAUUCCUUUCUCUUCUGUUCUUCUACUAAUCAUUUGGCAGUAAUGUCUGCAUGCAUCAAAACACAGGAACACACACCUUACAAGGAGAUCAGAUGCUCGCUGCAAAAACACUGCAACCUGUCAGCCAAGACAACAACUACACAAUACUAUACCAUGCUGGUUAAGUGUGUUUUCCUGCUUUUAUCGUCCUGUAAUUUCACGGCAUGAAGCAGAGGGCUCCUUAGUUCAAGAAAGCCAGGGACAAGAACUCACAAACUUGACAGUACAUCAGACUGAAAGAUUUGAGUCUUUUAUCAGUUAUUGGUCAGUUUUGUUAAAGUUUCUUUGUUCUCUUAUAACUUGUUACUGCCUUUCCAAAUUUGGCUUCUUUUUGUAGAAGCACACCAAGUUUCAAAGCAAAUAAAACACUAUCCUCCAUCUACUGCA